AUGCGAACAAAGAGGCGCAUCUGUCGGUCGAAGGGCCGGCGAACAUCGGCAGCACCCGGGACUACGUCACAAGCAUUGCGGGGUGUCACCGUCUGCCGACCCUACUUCCAUAGGUUCAAUCGAACCCUAAAGAUUGGACCGGCUGCAAUCGAGUGA